GCCAUUACAGCAGAACCACCGAUGUACAGCACACAAACCUGCCAGAAUUCAGCUUUCGAACCAACCCAUGUGACAACCGCGGCCGUCGCGGUGGCGCGGGCGGUAGCGGACGCUGGGUGACCUUUUCGGUUGACCCGAGUCUGACCUUUGCACCGCGUCCGGGUUGUGAAGCGACCGGCGACUGUGACGGCGACCAGAGGCUCUUCGUCUUUCGGUGCGGCCACAGCGCUCGCGCUGCCUCCCUCUCCCUCUCACCAGGACUUGCCGCAACUCACCAGAACUCACCAGAACUCACCAGAACUCACCGGAACUCAUCGGAACUCACCGUCAGCCGAUAUGACCGCUCACAUCUCCGGGAGAAGCGGGCUGCUGCCGCUGUCUUUGAUGGCCGUCUGUGUCGUAAUGGCAUCAGGCCGACCGCACGGCAUCGACCUGUCGCUCUUACCAUCCUUCCCUGAGGAGCUGGAAACCACCACCACUACCACCACGACCACCACAACGUCGACCACGACUCCUAAACCCACGCUGCCGACGAUACCGACGGUUCGCGUCCCGUCGGUAACGACAGUGGAGAUCAACACAGGAACGGGAGCCGACGCGGCGGCAGUGGACACCCCCUGUGGUCCGGCCAUCGCCGUCGGCACCGGGGUCGGAAUCGGUAUCAAGGAGGAUAACGUGAAGCGACGAGCCGACGCCAAGACGGCGGCUCAGGGUGGAUGCGGCCCGUUCCUGGCGGAGGUUGUCGGUGACACCACCACCAAGGUUGCUGGAAAGGAUGACCUGACUGCCAAAUCGUUAACGACUGUUGUUGGAAUCGAUGAUAUCGCCAUUGGCCUCAGCCAGUCACACACGGGAGCUUUGGUAGAUACCGGUGACAAGCAGGCCCCAUCCAAGGCCAUCGCUUCAGUGGCCCAGGCAUCAGGCAUUGCCAGCAAACAGCAGAAGACCACCCACGCCGGAUCAGGGACGGUAACUUCGGAUGGCGUCAACGUCACCAACACUGCCAGUGAUGGAAUCAAAGCUGAUGUGCUAACACAAAUCAACUGCGGAAAGAACGGUACCAAGUGUCCUGGGCCCAAUAUCAAGCUACCAAUCGGUAAGCCGAAGCUGCCGAAGGUGCCCAAGCCGACGUUGAAGCCCACGAAGAAGCCCUUCCUUCCUAAACUGGUGGUGUGAUGCGGUGAAAUCCCCAACGAAGAGACUCUGUACAUACUGUCCUGCGAAUGAGGAGGUGGAGAGGGGUAUUAUCAUCCCCCUGGAGGUGUAGCCAGAAGCAGGUCAUCAACAUAGUGCACGUGUACAAUAAUUGAUUUUAGCGCAUAACCACAGUGUAGUGUGAUUAUGAUUGACUGAAACGACUUGAAUCGGCUGAUACAAUAAACUUUGACAGCGGUG